AUGGCUCCUCGUCGCUCUCCUCGCCGUCCUCAAACUCCCACUCCUCCCUCGCCGACUCCUCCCCCUCCUCCCCCUGCUCCCGCUGCUCCCUCUCCCCGCAGAAGCGCCCGGCUGCAGAAGAAAAGCCAGGCUCCCAAAGCCGGCAGUGGAAAUGAUGAUACAGUGAAGAAACAGCCAUCGUCCGCAUCAUUGACUAGCAAAUCUCCUGGAAAACAGGCAAGUCCGAGGAUACAAGAUAUUGAGCUGACGACUGACGCAGAUCAGGCACGUCCAAAAGGCAGUGGCCAGCGAAAGAAGAGCAAGAAGACACGAAGAUCCCAGACAAAGAAAAAAGGGAAGACCGUACCGGAAGCGGUGACAACUCCCACAGAGGAUCCAAUAGAGCAGCAACGUUCUGGGGGCGUGGCUGACGCGACCAAGACUCCUUGUGCGGACGGAGAGCCUUCACCACCAGCCUGCGACGGCGAAGACCAAGACGAUUGCGACGCAAUUACACACUGGGCCAGAACCAAAAAAUGGCCGAAGAACUUCUCGACCAUGGCUCCAGUUGCCCAGGCAUCCACAAAAAGAAAGCAAGAAGAAAGCUGCUGCACACAGAGGACCAACACAGUUCCAAGAGUGGACAGCCGUGGGUUUGAACGACUUCUUGAGGAAAAAGGGGUUUUUGUCAAUGCCCGCGCAGGUAAACCGUUCGUGCAUCAGGAGAGUAUCGAUCUAUGCAACAACCUGUUGAAGGCCGAUUACCCUGACCCGGUGGAAACGCAUCUCCCAGUCGACAAAUUCCAAGUCAUGAUGGACCAUAUACGGGGCCGCAACAAGAGGCGCAUCUUCCGGGAUGUCACCCCCUUCCUCGUGCCUUCGCCAUUUAUACUCUUUAUCCGUGGUGACGAAAAAUUGCGAGACGUAGCAGACGCGACAAGGGUUUCUUGGGGAAAAUAUGACCAAAUGGCAGGUCCAAAACCGAGACCGGAUAUGACCAUCGGCCUAGCGAAAACCGCCUUCACUGCCGCGGAGAUUAAGAAGUUACAGUUCCUUACCUCCCAUGAGACACCGACACUUUUUGCGGGCACCAUCUACUUUCCAUUUCUCAUCUGCAAAGUCAAGAGAAAUGAAACAGCAUUGGUCCGAGCUCUACGACAGAGCACAAGAGCCAGUGCCAUGGCCGUCACCGCUAUCGUUCAGCUGCACCGCCGGGUCUUGGGGAACGACGAAGCUGAAAAGCUCAGCGGCAAGAUCCUGGUCUUCUCGGUUUCUCACACAUACCAUCACGUCACGAUCCGCGGACACUUUCCUGUCGUUAAAGGAACUGAUACUAAGAUCUAUUGCUAUAACGUCUUCCAUUCAACCCUGGAGGAAAAUCCUGUGACUGACACCCGAAAGCUGACGUAUAACUUUGUACGAAAGAUAUACGACGAUUUCUAUCCCAAACAUCUGAAGAGCAUCACAGACGUUCUUGGAAAGAUGAAGGCUAUUGAAACGAUGUCGAUUGCGUCGAUAAUAAGUGGCGACUUGGAUCAGUCAGAAGAGUCACAGCCUGCGCACUCGUCAAGCCUGACGAGCACGUCGAACCUGUCCAGCUCGUCGUACCUGUCGAGCCCGUCGAUCCCGUCAAGCUCGCCGUACCCAUCAAGCUCGCCGUACCCGUCAAGCCCGUCGAACCCGUCAAGCUCGUCAAACCCGUCAAAGGCAAACACUACACCAAAGUCCGAUGGUCCAGCCAGAAAGAGACAAAAGAGAGGACCGGCAGUCGAACAGGGGCAAACUUUGGUAACAAAGGAUGAGUUAGAUCAGUUCAGACAGAUGGUCAAGGGCGGGUUCGAGGAGCUCAAGGAGCUCAAGGAGAUGAUGAUGAAGACAACGACGGGCCAGAAGCAGGGCUGA